AUGAGCCUGCAAGACCUCGCUCCAGAGAACACGAAGCGCGCGCAAGCAACAGCAGUCAACGCCUUCACGGCUUUCCUCGCCUCCGAGAAUGUCACUCUCGAAUUUAUCCGCGCUACCCUCCUGGCAGAUGCCAGUGGUUCGGUGCUCGUGAAGUUGCUCGACCGCUUCGCGAUGAACCUCGCGUUUGCUCGAGGCCGAAGCGGGGAUCUGCGCAAGCGGAACACCGUGAUGAGCUACUACCGGAAUGUCAAGAAGUGGUUGCUGGAGGAUUUCCUCCAGCACCGCCACAUUAUGGAGCAGCGGCUACUCAAGAUGGGUCGCAUUUUGGAGCGGCACAGCCUCAAACGGCAGCAAGGUGGUAUGGUGACGAAGGCGCCAGCAUGCACCAAGGCCGACUUGCGUUCUCUGAUCGACGGACUGUACUUUGAUGCGAGUUCUGCCAAGGAGUAUUAG